CUACUCGCUGCCUGGGCCAGUGCUGCCAGCCCGUGGGGUGUCUGCUUCGCUCCCAGCUGAGCCCAGCGUGGACACAGCCCCUCUGCACAGAACUGAGUCCAGCUGGGACGGCACCCUGGGGCGACCUGGAUUCCUGCGGAGGUUCCCAGCACCCUAGACACAGACAUGCACCCCCCAGCUGUGCUCCUGCUCCUGCUCCUGGACGCGGGGGCUAAGGCUUUUCGCAUCUGUGCCUUCAACACCCAGCGCCUGACACUGGCCAAGGUGGCCAGGGAGCAUGUGAUGGACACCUUGGUUCGGAUCGUGGCUCGCUGCGACAUCAUGGUGCUGCAGGAGGUGGUGGACUCUUCCGACAGCGCCAUCCGUCUCCUGGUUCGAGAGCUCAAUCGAUCCGAUGAUUCUGGGCCCUUCAACUACCUGAGCAGCCCACAGCUGGGGCGAAGCACGUACAUGGAGAAAUAUGUGUAUGUCUACAGGUCACACAAGACGAGGGUCCUGGAGCACUACGUGUACAAUGACAAGGAUGACCUCUUUGCCCGCGAGCCCUUUGUGGCCCAGUUCACUCUGCCCAGCAACGUCCUCCCCAGCCUGGCACUGGUCCCGCUGCACACCACCCCAAAGGCUGUGGAGACAGAGCUGAAUGCCCUGCACGACGUCUUUCUGGACGUCUCCCGGCGCUGGCAGAGCCAGGACGUCAUCCUGCUCGGGGACUUCAAUGCUGACUGUGCUUCGCUGCCCAAAAAGCGCCUGGGCGAGCUGGUGCUGCGGACUCAGGCUGGCUUCCACUGGGCCAUCGGAGACGAGGAGGACACCACAGUGCGGGCCAGCACCCGCUGUGCCUACGACCGCAUCGUGCUGCACAGCGAGCGCGCCCAGGGCCUGCUGCGGGCCGCUGGUGCCUUCUGCUUCCCCAAGAGCUUCCAGCUCAGUGAAGUGGAGGCCCUCAACAUCAGCGACCACUACCCUGUGGAGGUGGAGCUGGAGCUGAGCAGGGCGGCGCACACGCUUCAGCCCCUCAGCCUGGCCACACUGUUGCUGCCGUCACUGCUGCUGCUGCUCCUGCCUGCCCCGCUGGGCCCGGUAGCCUGAUCGCGAUGACUACACUACUGCCUUCCGGACUCAAACCUAGCCUUCCCUGGCCAUCCUGCCCUGCAGCCCAAGAGACUCCCAAGGGGCUGCGGUUGCAGCGCCUCCCCUCCGCCCCGCCGCCUUUUCUUCGCUUAGGCUUGGGCUGUUCUUUGGUGGGGCCGGACCAGGAAUUAGAAUGUGGAAGAGGAAGGUAGGGGUGCUGAGGCUGGGCCCUCUUCCCGCAGGUCAUGGCAGGCCCCUGGGUUGAGGGACGCGGGGGGCGGGGGAGAGGUGGCAGGUGAUCUUGGCUGAAAUGCAGGGCUCAGAAAAAGGAAUCACAGCGGAUUGUUUUUAUUCUAACAAUAAAGCUACUUGCAUACACACAACCAAAACUUGGACUGGAAGGAUGUUGUGUGUGCAGAAUGCCCAGAGGCCGGCCUGAUGGCACACAGGAGUCAGAGGCCUCCACUGAAGACA